AUGUGUAUUCCAACUGUUACCAUUCCACAACUGCUGUAUGGUUUAAUAAGCUAUGACAAUUCAAUCAGUUUUGGUUGCUGUAUGGCACAGAUGUCAUUCUAUGUUAUUUUUGGUACUACAGAAGGUUUUCUGCUGGCCCUCAUGGCCUUUGAUCGUUAUCAGGCCAUCUGUAAACCACUUCAUUAUCCAACUGUGAUGACCAACAAAUUUGUGUUUAUACUGCCUCUUCUUUGUUGGACACCAGGAACUUGUGUCAGUAGCAUUUACAUAUAUUUUUUGCUCAACACACAGUUCUGUGGGAAAAAUAAAGUACAAUAUUAUUUUUGUGACUAUUCUGCAAUACUAGCUUUAGCCUGCACUGAUGUCUUUAUAGCAGAUAUUUUCAGCUUAGCCAUAUCUAUGACCAUAAUGAACAUGAUCUUUAUUUGCAUUCUGGCAUCUUAUGGAAAAAUUAUCUUGGUAAUUAAAGCUGCCUCCUCUGAGAGUCGCUGGAAGGCAUUUUCCACCUGUGCCAGCCAUCUGUUUGUACUUCUUAUCCUUAUUAUGGUAGGGGUGUUUGUCUUUAUUUCUUAUAGAUUGCCUAACUUUUCUGAUAAUGAUCGGAUAAUAUCUGCAGUUUUUCAGAACAUUGUCCCACCUUUAGCUAAUCCCAUAAUUUACUGUUUUAAAACAAAAGAAAUCAGGGAUAGUUUUUUGAAAAUCCUUAAAAAAUACAAAAUCACAGUUGUUAAGUUUUAA